AUAACAAACUAGCUAUUCAAAAAUAAUUUUAUGGAUAGAACAAGGUUUUUGGGAAAACUAAGACACAGUCAAACAUGUUUAACACAAGAGCAAAUUCUGCAUAGCAAAACCGGCGAAAAGGAUGUAGUCGACUACAUUUUUAAUUCUGGCGUUUGUAUUGAGCUACGAAGAUGGGUCUAUUAUCAAUUGACCAUAAAUUCGAAGCACCCUUCAACUCAAAAAUAUUACAAAUCGUCCAGUGCCAGGAAACAUGAAGAAACGAGACAUUUAACAAACUACCGAAGAACUAUUCAUCCGUUUAGCAUGAUAAAUUUGUAUUGGGAAGGUUUAAUGGCCUGGGUAUAUCUAUACAUGUUCUUCGUAACUUUUUUUAGUACUCUUUUUAUAUCCAACGAUUAUAUUCAUCUUUUUCAUAUGCGUAGAGGGGUUGGAGAUAUGAUUUAUGCUAUAGAUCUGAUUCACUGCUUUUUUGAGGGUUACUAUGAUAAUGCGCUGCAUAAGACCAUACUGAGCCAUAAGAAAAUCGCACUUAGGUAUAUUAAGACGUAUUUUAUUUUCGAUCUCAUAGCACUGUCACCAAAUUUGUCCCUCUUACUUUUUGUAACUACUAAAAAUCCUUACGUCGUUUAUAUGAGAUGUUUCGGAUUGUUUAGAAUCGUAAGAAUCAAACGUCUUUUAGAUGCUUUUGAACUUAUAAAAAACUACAGAAACUAUACAAGCUAUCAUUUUAAAGCCCUCAAAGCGUUUCUUAUAUACGUAAUCGUAGUGAUGUUUCUAUACUCAGGAAUAUUCAUAUUAACCUAUUACAAUGAUAUUUACACAGAUUACGAAAUAGACAAUAACUCCAAAACAGACUUUUUGUCUGCUACUUUAGUACUUUUCUUAGUUAGUGAGGGUCUCGAGCCACUGUACAACCACAUUUUGGUGGUUUUGGUAACUAUUGGCAUAUUUUGUGGUUUCUUCAUUCAUCUUUUCUUGCACGCCCAAGUUUUUCAGGUUUGGAAUAAGUAUUUUAGUGCAAAAAGUAGAAACGAAGAUUUAAUGAAACAAUUUAAGGAAUAUAUAAGCUAUCGAGGAUUGCCCUUAAAGAUUAAGGAAAAAAUUAUGGUGUACUUCAAUUUUAAAUUCGAAAACAAUUUUUACAAUGAAAGACAUAUAAAUUACUUGGUUUCGACGACUCUAAGGGAACAGAUAAUGAUAAAUAUUGUACAUAAUUACUUGAAAAAAGCGGAGAUUUUGAAGAAUUUACCUAGAAAUAUCCUUGUUAAGUUGGUUACCAAAUUGAAAUCAGAAAUAUUCUUGCCAGAUGAUAUUAUAGUGAUAGGUGGGAAACCUGCAUCCAGUAUGUACUUUGUUUAUUAUGGUACAUUGGCAGUUUACAACGCAACUGGCUUAGAAAUUGCUCAUCUUGAUGACGGAGAUUGCUUUGGUGAAAGAGAUAUGCUAAUAAAUGAGAUCAGAACUAACACCGUAAUUGCCAUAACGGCAUGUGAACUCUUUCACCUAAAUAAAUCAGAUUUGAUUAAUGCUCUGGAUAAGAAUCCUGAAUAUUUGGCAUACAUUAUCGAAGAUUCAAUGCGUCGCUUCCCGAUGAUUUGAACAUAUAUUUAACAUGUUUAAUCAUAUUUUUUUUACUAUAUUGUUUUACAAUAAUUUUGUUUGAAUCUUUUCACUUAUCUUAGUUCUGUUUUACCAUUACUUUAACAAUAUUAUAUAA